GUAUGACCUUCGCUUUCAUCUAAACGCGUUAAUUAUGCUCUUCAAUCUCGCCAUCCUAUUAUCUAAAAACACUUCUCUCCUACCAGGAGUCUUCCGGAAAACUGUGUAUCUCAAUGGUAACAGACGAUGAACCUGGGACAAGCCAAGACUCGAUGCCUCUGCCACGAGACGUCGAGCUGGGGCCGGCUGACCAUCAACCCGAGUCCAGGACCCAAGGCUUUAGAAUACUAUUUCGAAAAUACUUCCUGUCUCUCUGUGGCUGGAUCCUUGCUUUUAUCAGCACAGCAGUGUCAAUUGCCGCUCUUCUUCCAGCUUUCCGUGGCCUGCUGCUCUCAGACAAACAGCUCAGACUCGCCGAGUGGUCAGCCCUGAAGGACUACCUAGAUCAGUGCAGGGAAGACUCCAAAGCUGGACACAUCUCUGGGGAAUGCAAGGCGGCCUUGGCAAAAUCGUUGCCACCUCCUCCAGGGCUGUUCUAUAGCGAUAACCUCGACCUUGGUUCUUGGGGAACUUCCUAUGGGCUAGGGUCUGUGAGUUUAGAAGUAGAAUCUAUUGAAUCAUUGGCUUUCGUGGUUGCAUAUUUACUAUGGAGUGUUCUGAUAGUCUGUUGGUUGCAUCGCUCGUGGCGAGAUACUCGAUCAAGGCAUCCUGACAAACAUGUAUAUGCUACGAAAGCUCGAGAAAGGCCAACUAGGAAAUCGUUGAAAAUAUCCUGAGACAUAAUAAAGGCUACAAAUGUAUCCUUUGGGAUUUUUUUCGGGCUCUAAUUUAGGAAUAGCUGGCCAGUGCAGGCGAUAUAGCACUAGGUAUAUUGAACACAAGCAUUGAAUCGCUA